UCGAAUAUGUUGUCGAAAUCAUUCCAAUCUCUCAUUCAAUUUUUUAUAAUAUUUUUCGCUGUAAAAUUGAAUGGCCAGCUCGAAUUGGAGCGUUUUUAAUAGUCUUUGAUUUCAAUGAGUUGCUAAAAUUUUGCCGCUGGUAGUAGUAUUGACAACCCUAAAUUAUCGGUGUUUUCAAUUCUUUCGGAAGAAGAAGAAACGCACAUUUUUGUACCCAACCAAUCACUGGACCAACAAGAGAACAACAUCAAAGAAGUCCGCAAUUCCAAGACCAUUCAGAACAAAAAUAUAGAAUAACUGUAAAUAAUUACACACAAACACAAUGCCGCAGCCGCCAAAGCAAAACAAUCCGACUCAACCAGAGGAGUCGACAGGACCCGAAAUGGAUGUCAAUGCCCAAACCAGCUCAGAGCCCAUAGACUUGAUCAGCUUUACCACGGAGGCCUAUCGCAAUGUUGUAGCUGCCACACGCAACUGUAAUGCGUUUCCCCAGGGUGCAGCGCGUUCGCUUUAUCUGAGUUACCCGGGCUAUGCACGCAUGUUGGAGGAGCAGUCACAGCGAGUGCUGGGCCUGAUUAACAAGGUUUUAAAGACGGAGAAUAUUUCAGGGGAUAUUAAACGGCGUCAGGGCGACGAGCAGCUGGAAAUGGUGCAGGAAUGUAAUGAUAUUCUAUUCGAGCGUAUCACCACAAAUCUAGACAUUAUAAGCGGUCUACGACGCGGCAAUCCACACAUGGUAGUCGAAACCCAAGUCGAUGUUCAAUCCACAUCAAGGCCCGCAACAUCAACAAUAACAAAAGAAACACCUCGUGCUGGUAGCUGGAAUCGCUACAGCACAGCUCCGGGCACACCCUCUCGCAGCAUGGUCUCGGCACGUCUGUUUACAGCGCAGAAUAUUAUGCGGCCGCAGAUGCAGUUUAAGGUGCCUGUAGACAAUAGCGCACAAAACCCUUUUAAGCCUCGUCUUAAGGAGAAACCCAAUUCGUUGAAGCCUUUGGCACUACUGCCAGAAUAUGAUGAUGCAGGGAACGUAGUGUCUUUUCUCCAUCCGUAUGAGUUUGAGCUGCUGAAGUUCGAGCCGCCCAAGGAGCAGCUGCAGAAGCAAAAGCCGCUGUUGCCGGCGCCACCAGCCCAAACCGAACUGAUGCUAGUGGACAAUGUGGAAACACUGAAGCAGGCUCUAGAAGAAUUGCGUCAGGCGCCGCAAAUAGCUAUCGAUGUGGAGCAUCACUCGUAUCGUACAUUUAUGGGCAUCACUUGUCUGGUGCAAAUGUCGACGCGCACAAAAGACUAUAUAUUCGAUACAUUGACGUUGCGCGAGGACAUGCACAUCCUGAAUCUUGUGCUUACCGAUCCCAAGGUACUAAAGAUAUUGCACGGUGGUGAUUUAGAUAUCGAGUGGCUGCAACGCGAUCUCUCCCUGUAUAUUGUUAACAUGUUUGAUACGCAUCGAGCUGCAAAAGCUUUAAAUAUGGCGCGUCUAUCGCUGGCAUUUUUACUGAAACAUUACCUUGAUCUCGAUGUGGAUAAAAGCCUGCAACUGGCAGACUGGCGUAUGCGCCCACUGCCUCAGAAACUGAUUGAUUAUGCGCGCCAGGACACACACUACCUCAUCUAUGUGUACGAGCGUCUCACAAACGAUUUGCUCCAAGCAGAGCAAGGACAACCGCAGGCUUUGCGCAUGGUUUAUCAGAUGAGCACGGAAGUUUGUAAGAAGCGCUACACCAAGCCGCACAUUGGUCCAGAUUCACAUCUGGAUUUGGUGCGUAAGACGAAGCGCUCCUUUGACAAUCGCCAAUUAUGUGCACUCCGCGGCAUCUUUCUGUGGCGCGAUGCGACCGCACGCCAGGAGGAUGAGAGCUAUGGCUAUGUGUUGCCUAAUCACAUGAUGCUUCAGAUUGCCGAGAGUUUGCCCCGUGAAAUGCAAGGCAUAUUGGCCUGUUGCAAUCCUAUUCCGCCACUGGUGCGCCAGCAACUCCACACACUGCAUCAGAUCGUGCUACGUGCGCGCGAACAACCACUUGUUAAACCCCUAUUAGAGGCCUCCAACAUCACUGGAUCCGUUCUUUUACAAACAACGAACAAGGAUUAUAACAGCAAACUGAACUGUCCGCAUGACUUUUCGCACCAGGAGGAGACACGCGAUGAUUUGCCCACACUUCUUGGGCGAAACGGGUCGGGCAAAUUACAGCGUCCUAGCAAACCGAAACUUGAAGCACCUUCGGUGCCCUUGGUUGCGCCGACUCUCUCCUUGUUCAAAAGACAAACGGCAUCAACACAAGAGGAGCAGUUGCGUUGGUUGUGCGCUCGCAAGGAGAGUCAGACAUUGCGUAUGCCUUACAAGCGCUACAUGGCUAUUUUGCCGCUUAUGCAACAGCAGAAAAUAGAGCAGACCGCUAAGGAGAACAAUGAGCUGCUGAAGCGACGCCUGUGCCCCGCAGAGCCUGCGCCAGUAAACAUCAAGUUGGAAAGCACUACAAAAGUAGAUGAGGAUCCCAUAUAUAAAUUACCACUGAAAGAACAGCUGAAACGUAAACAUCAGCCUACAGCGGAACAACCCAGCUUGGCUAAACGCAAUAAAAAUGAAGAGAAGCCCAGUGCGUCCGUGUCAGGCCCAAAACCAAAAAUUAAGAGUGAGCCAAUGCCUGCCAUUGACCAAACCCCAAACGGAGAGGAUAGUGACGAUGAUGCAGUGAUCGAAGUGCCCAUCGAGAAGAGUGCUACGGAAAAUCCCACUCCUGCUCUAAGUAGGCGCCAGCAGAAACGCCAAGAGAAAAAUAAGCGUUUUAAGGCCAAAGCACGCAUGCAGGCACAGAGCUCCAAUAAACCCGUGCAGCUGCCUACCAAUACCGCAACGGCACAAAACUUUGACUAUAAAAAUGUGGACUUUCGACAAUUUCAAGGCGGCGCUAAACGUGCACAGAGCACAGAGAUCAAAUCUCAAAUGCGCGGCAAGAGUCGACACAACAAUCGCAACAAUAAACAGUUUAAUAAACUGUUUACUUUCAGCAAAAUUAAUAAAGAGCGAAAAAAGUAAAUGAGAGAAAUGUUAACAUUUCGACCCGAUCAUCAGACCGACAUAUGUAGUAAAGGAAACUACACUCAGAGAAUAUUUAGUUUUGUUUUUCUUUCAAUUUGUAUUCUGUUUAUACUAGGCAACAAUCUUAACUAUAAAUAAAACUAAUAGU